AUGGCGCUACGGUUCUACGCCACUGGGGCAUUCCUCGGCAACAUUGCGAGGGAAGAGAGCUUCGUUCGCAGUAAGCAUGCAAUAUCCGAGGCUCUCCACGCAGUGAGCCUAGCCAUCACAAUGAACCUUGCGCGGAAGUAUCUCCAGUUCCCCUCGACUCCAGAGGAAAAGCUGGAAAUCUGUGAUGCAACCAGGCGCAUUCUGUUCCUGAAUGCCAGACACCCGGGAUCGUGCCAUGAUGCCUCUGUAUGGGCAGCGUCCCAGCUCUGUCGAGAAGCUCCCACAAUAUUUGAAGAUGGAGAGUGGCUCAUUGGAGACAGCGCCUACCCCUUGCAGCCAUGGCUGAUGACGCCUGUCCGAACACCAACGACACAGGAAGAAGAGGACUACAAUGACACACACAGUCGAACACGUGUGCGCAUUGAGCACUGUUUCGGCAUGCUGAAGAUGCGGUUCCGGUGCCUUCAGAGGUACCGCACCUUACACUUUGCUCCAGACCGGUCGUGCAACAUCAUAAACGCUUGUGUGGUGUUGCACAACAUGUGUAUAGCGUACAACACACCUCAGCUACCUGAUGCAGGUGACGCAGAAAGUGGGCCUGAUGAUGACAUGACAGAAGAGGCACACGUUGCGGGGGCAGACGAUGUAGAGGACAAUGGCAGUGCUGUUGCAACAAGCAGUCGCGCAACCCAGGGGCCUCAAACACCUGAGCGAGCUGUGUGA